AUGAGCUCAAUUCAAGGAGGACGAUAGACUUAAGAAAACACUCUACCAAAUAAAACAAAAUUAAUAAAGAGAAAUGUAAAUUCACAGUUGCUUAAAGAUAAAAUGGCAUACUUUGACAUAAAAACACCAAAUAUAAAAUUUGCAUCAUUAUUUGAGGAGACUACAGAACUCUUAAAUGAAAUCAUUAAAAAUCCAAAUAUUCAAAAUGAAGUGCUAAGUUAGAAUCUUUAAGAAAUAGAAAAAAAGAUUAAAGCUAUGAAUUAAGAAAGAAGUAGAGUGUAAAAAGAGUUAAGUGAGUUUGCUUUUGGACACAUUUUGCAUAUGAUUGAUAUUUACUAAUAUUCAGAGGAUUUAAAUCAUAAAUAUAUUUCAUUCUAUUUAAUGAAAGUUUGGAUUAAAAAUUUCUAAUAUUCUGAACAAUAUAUUGAUGCAAUGCUGGCAAGUAUAGAUGACAAUUUAUCUUUUCAAAAAGAAAUUUUCUCUUUCUUGUAAGAAUUAAGUAUUGAAAAACCAGAUGUUUUGGAUAAGAUUUUAAAAAUGGCCAAUUCAAUCACUAAUUGUUUUUAAGGAUUAAUAGCUUCAGAUUAAGAAGAAAAUUAAUAAGAAAAAAAGAAUGUUUCUGGAUUUACAAAAGGAAAGAGUUAAGAAGAAUUCUUAGAGUUUGUACUUAAUAUUUUGUAAAAGUUUGAUAGUCAAGAACUUGAAAAGCAGCUAAUUAACAUUAUCUAAAAAUAUGUUCCUUAAAAUAACAUAUAAUAUCACAAAAUAAUUCUAGAAAAUUUUUUGAGCAAUGAAGAAAUUUACGAAAAAUAUUUUUAUAUUUGCAUUGAACUAAUUAAAAAGGGAUUUGAUGAUUAAGAUGUUUAAAUUGUAUCUUAGUAUAUCAAAAAAGCUGAAACUUUUUAUUUGAAAAUAAAAAAUUCAAAUAGAAGGGGAGAAUUCAUUAAACUGUUAAUCAGCAAUCUUCUUUUCCUUCGUUAAGUCAAAAAGUAAGAAAUAAGUAAGCCUAUAAGAAAUUUAUGGAAGCCUACUAUUUUUAGUGAUCAAGAAGGUUAAGAGAAAAUCUUAGAACAUUAAGAAGAAAUUAUUUCUUUUCUUUGCAGUAAAUUUACAACUGGAGAAGAAGAAACAAUUACAAUGGCGACUGAUGGGCUAUUAGAAAUUAUUGAUAAAGUAAUUAAAGACUCUACUAACCUUUAAAGUGCACCGAAUAAUAAAAAGGUUAACUAUUUUUAACAGAUAUUGAAUGGAUGUUUAAAUAAUAUGUAAAACUAAGAAAAGUACUUCUAACUUUUGACUAAAUUUACAGAUGUUAUUGGCAUGAAAUUAACACUAUAAAUACAAGCAUUAGUUCGUUUAGAAUGGAAAAGUGUAGCCAAUAUAGAUAUAAAUAGUAUUUAUAAUUAUUAUUAAAAGCAGUAAAUAGAUCUAAGAACUGAACUGUUAAAGUUCAGAUAAUUUAUUGCAGCAUAUUUCUAUUUGUUUAUUUUAAAUAAAAAAAUCAUGUCUAAAGAUAUUGAGUAAGAGUUUUAUCAAGUUGAUAAUAGCAAUAUCGGUAUUAAAAAAAUGAAUCUUAAUAUUAUCCAUGGUUUUUUGUCUUAAUUCGCUGAAAUUCCUUAAUCUAAGGCCAUAUUAGAAGCUAAUCUUCCUCACUAUUUCAAAUUAGAAAGGAUUUCUUAACUAAAAGAAUUAGAAAAGUAUUAUGGAUAAGAUUACAUCAAGAAUUUGAUAAACUCAUAUAAAGGAGAACAUUAAGCAUAUGUAAGCUAUUAAAUAUACCUUUAAUAAACUUCUACACUUUAAAAUAGUAAACAAAAUAAUUAGUAAUAAUAAUAAUAAUAAUAAAACAACAACAAAAUUCUUACUGUUAAAGAAUAUGCCUAUGUAACAUUUGAUUAAAAAAGAUAAAUGUUUUCUCACCUAAAUAUUCCUACUGCUUCAUAAGCACCAUUAAAUGAAAUUGCAAAAAUAGAUUCAAUGGAAAUAGAAGAAUAAGCUAAAUAAAAUAAAAUUUAAGAAAAACAUAAACCAACUCAUGAAAGUAAUAUUAAUAAAAAUAAAUAAGUUAGCGGUUAAAAAUCACACCAUUAAAAUUAAGAGAAUAUUCACUAAAAAAAUUAAUUAAAGACUAAUUAAGUGCAAAAUCCAAAUUCUUAAGCUUAAUCAAAGGCACACCAUAAUAAAAAUGUAUAGAAAGUUAAUAAUCCAAAUAAAUAAACAUAAGAUUAAUUAGGGUAAAAAGAUUAGCAAAAUAAGGAAUAAUAGUAAAUGAUGAAGGAAUAAACUAAAGAAAACUUAUAAGUUUAAGAAGAACCAUAGCAAGUUUAAGAAAAACCGUAGCAAAUGUAAGAAGAAUCAUAGAAUCUUUAAGAAGAGUCAUAGCAAAUUUAAGAAGAGUCAUAGCAAGUUUAAGAAGAGUCAUAGUAAGUUUAAGAAGAGUCAUAACAAAUUUAAGAAGAAUCAAAGCAAAUUUAAGAACAACAAUUGCUAAUUUAAGAAGAAUAGUCUUAACAAGUUUAAGAAUAAAUGUAAAUUGAGAAUACAGAAAGCAAUAAAAACGAAUCUGAAAUUGAAUAAUAAAAAAAUUUAGUAAAAGAAAACGAAUCUUAAUCCUAAAUAGAUAUCUAAAAACAAUAGAAAUCACAAAUUGACUUAAAGUAAUAGGAUUAGCAAUCAAUACCAGCCAAAUAAAAAGAUGAAAUUAAAAUUAAAUCAUCCUAAAUUUUAGAACCAAAUAAUAAAGAAAGUCAUUAAAUUGAAGCUUAAGAAGAAAAAUAAUAGACUUAAUAAGGUUCAAUUAUUCAGGAAACUGUUCAAAAAUCAGAAAAAAUGGAUAUUGAAGAAAAUAAGCAAGAAGAAUAGAGUAAAUAAGAAAGCUAAAUAGUUUAAACAAAAGAUUAAAGUUCUUCUUAAAAUACAAUCCCUUAAAAGGCAUAAUUACCUGUUUUAUCUAUCAAAAAACCUAAUAUUUAAUAAAAUCUCUCUCAAGCUAACUAAUAAUCAACAACUUAAACUAACCUAGUUGCAUAAAAAUAACCACAAAAUAUCACCUAAGUACCCACACAAGAACCAAAGGAUAAAAUAAAUAUCGAUUAAAAUAAUGAGAAAUCGUCAUAAGCUUUAAAUUAGGUAAAACCUAAACUAAGCAUUAAAGAAAAGGCGUUAUUGAUGAUGAAAAAUAAAUAAGAUGGUGCAAAGUAAAAUAAUACAUAAACUCCUUCUACAGAGUAGAUAUAAUAACAAAAUGAAAUUUAAACAGAAAAACCUUAAGAAAACAUUCCUAAGCCUGCUAUAAGUUUUCCUACUUUAGAAUUAAAAUAAUAAUAGCAAUAAAAGCAAAUAGAUUAAAAAGCUAAAAAUUCUGAAUCUCCUGAGAAACAGCCAUCUGAAAAUAAGCCUUCAAUAGAUUUAACUAAAAAGCCUUCUCUUUUGAUGAUGAAAAAGAAAUAAGAAUAACAGACUCCUUCUACCCCAAUUAAUUAAAAUGUUAAUACUGAAAAAAUGGAAAUAGAAUAAAACUAACCUUAACAAACACUUGAGACCUCUUAAAAUACUGAAAAAACCUAAUAAAAACCUGCACUAUCAUUAAAACCAAAAAUUUAAAUCAAAAGCUAAGAGAAGCAAUAAACAGAGCAAACACUACAAAAAGUAGAAGAAAAUUUAAAAUAAGUAGAUAAACCUGAAGAAGGUGAAGUAAAAGAUUUACAAGUAACCGAAAAUAAAAAAACUUAAUAGAUAUCACAAGUUAGUAUUGAUGAAAAACAAAGCUAAGAUCCUUUAAAUUAAAAUAUUAGUGAUAUAUAAAAUAAUAUUGAAACUUCAAAUGAUACAAAUGCAGCUGAGUAAAAUAUAACCGAAAAUAUAAUAGAAAAUAAUUUACAGACAUAAGAGUAAGUUAAGAGUAAGGAGGAUAAUUCGUUAAAUGUAGAUAAUGAUUAAGAAAAAAUAUUAGAAAAUAAUCCUGAUAUUAAAAACGAAAAUAGCACAGAUUAGCUAGAAGAAAAACAGACCUUAGAAGUUGAGUAAGAAGCUUAAUAAGUUGAAAGUGAACAACUAAAUGAAAAUUUAUAAGAAUAAAAAUAGGAGGAAGAUUAAAUAGUUUAAAAUACUUAAACAGAUUAAGAAAUAUAAAAAUUAAAUGAAGAGGAAAUUUAAUAAAAUUAAGCAGAAUUAAAUGAAAUCGAAAUAGAAAAUUAAAAUGAAGAAAAUGAUUUAAAUAACAAAAUUGUUUAAGAUGAGAAUUUAGAAGCAGAUGCUAAUGAGGGAUUAUUGUAGAAUUAAGAAUAAAUUUAAGAUGCUUUAAAUAUAAUAGAAGAGGAAGAUCAGCAACUAACAAUAAGCUAAACUAAUCAAGAUGAAUUAAUAUAAGAGGAAGCAGAGGAUUUUUAGGCAAAUGAAGAAUAAGUAGAUGAAGCCACUUUAGGAUUAGCUCUAAAAACUUAGCAAGAGGAAUAAUUAAAUUAAUAAGAAAACGAAUAAGAAAAUGAGCAAUAAUUAAAUUAAUAGGAAAAUGAAUAAGAAAAUGAGCAAUAAUUAGAAUAAUAGACUAAUGAGUAAGAAUAAGAUCAAGGAUUUACAGAUUAGCAAGAAGAAAACGAAUAAAAAAAUUUAGAAUAAAUAAAUGAAGAGAAUAAGGAAUCCAACGAAGAUAAAGUAGAAGAAUAAAAUUGA